GUAAACUGUGAUGCCUUCAGGGUCUGGUUCAGCUCCUCCUGGUUUAAACUGUGAUGCCUUCAGGGUCUGGUUCAGCUCCUCCAGCUGUAAACUGUGAUGCCUUCAGGGUCUGGUUCAGCUCCUCCUGCUGUAAACUGUGAUGCCUUCAGGGUCUGGUUCAGUUCCUCCUGCUGUAAACUGUGAUGCCUUCAGGGUCUGGUUCAGCUCCUCCUCCUGUAAACUAUGAUGCCUUCAGGGUCUGGUUCAGCUCCUCCUGCUGUAAACUGUGAUGCCUUCAGGGUCAUCUCAGCUCCUCCUUCUGUAAACUGUGAUGCCUUCAGGGUCAUCUCAGCUCCUGGUUUAACCUAUGAUGCCUUCAGGGUCAUCUCAGCUCCUGGUUUAAACUGUGAUGCCUUCAGGGUCAUCUCAGCUCCUGGUUUAAACUGUGAUGCCUUCAGGGUCGUCUCAGCUCCUGGUUUAAACUGUGAUGCCUUCAGGGUCAUCUCAGCUUCUGGUUUAAACUGUGAUGCCUUCAGGGUCAUCUCAGCUCCUCCUGGUUUAAACUGUGAUGCCUUCAGGGUCAUCUCAGCUCCUCCUGGUUUAAACUGUGAUGCCUUCAGGGUCCUCUCAACUCCUCCUGGUUUAAACUGUGAUGCCUUCAGGGUCAUCUCAGCUCCUGGUUUAAACUGUGAUGCCUUCAGGGUCGUCUCAGCUCCUGGUUUAAACUGUGAUGCCUUCAGGGUCAUCUCAGCUCCUCCUGGUUUAAACUGUGAUGCCUUCAGGGUCAUCUCAGCUCCUCCUGGUGUAAACUGUGAUGCCUUCAGGGUCAUCUCAGCUCCUCCUGGUGUAAACUGUGAUGCCUUCAGGGUCAUCUCAGCUCCUGGUUUAAACUGUGAUGCCUUCAGGGUCAUCUCAGAGUGCUGUUCAAGUUGA